GGAGCUUCUGCCAACUGGUGGAAUCAUCGACAUUUCCAGCAUCAUGCUAAACCCAACAUCUUCCGUAAGGACCCUGAUAUCAGCCUGUUGGACAUGUUUGUACUUGGAACCACUCAACCGGUAGAGUAUGGCAUUAAAAAGAUCAAACGUUUUCCCUAUAAUCGCCAACACCAGUACUUCUUUCUUGUGGCGCCACCGCUGCUCAUUCCAGUUUUCUACAACUAUCAUAUAAUGCACACCAUGAUCACCCGCCGUGACUGGGUGGAUAUGGCUUGGGCCUUGACAUUCUAUCUUCGCUACUUCUGGUGUUAUGUACCCCUGUAUGGUCUGCUUGGCGCAUUGGCACUCAUGGCCUUUUUCAGGUAAAACCCCCAAAGAAAUAUUAACUUGUUUUUAUUAGGGAUGUCUCGAUGUAGGGUUUUUUUUUGGCCCUGAAAGUAUCUGCCGGUACCUGUUCCACUCCAGUACUUAUUUUUACUUAGAGAAAAUGUUCAUGAAAUAUCUGUAACACUGU